GCUUACCAUCAUCAUCAUCGUUUGGACUGGACUGGUGCGUGCAACAUUCUCAGAGCAAGAGAGAGCUCCAUCGAAGGCAAGGCAAGCACUGCUACCGGUUACAAUAUCGAUAGUUUGUUGAAACCAACAACUUUGACUGGUCAUUGCAUUCUGUAUUUCAUUUCAUUGCUAGCUAGCUAGGUAGCCAGAAACUACACUACAAAUUAAAUACAAUACAGGAUCGACCAUGAGACUCUUUUCGAGAGCCCUAUUGUUGGCUCUGCCCGCCUUGGUGUCCUCCAAGGCAAUUUUGGGUGUGGACAUGGGAAGUUUGUACAUGAAGGUGGCUUUGGUGCAACGAGGAGCUCCACUGGAGAUUGUCACCAACUUUCACUCCAAGCGAAAAACGGAAAACAUGAUUCUGUUUGAUGCGGGCACAAGAUUUUAUGGCGCUGAUGCGUCCUCGCUUCUCGCGAGAAAGCCUCUCAAGACACCUGUGCAAAUGUCGCUCAUGCUGGGACGAGAUGAAGACCAUCCUUGUGUAGCUACACUUGGAGAACGUCAUUUCCCAGUCACUCCCAAAUUCAAUGAAACUCGCAAUGGACUCAGUUUGUCCGUAGACAAUCAAGAUUACACCCCGGAAGAACUAGUCGCCAUGGUCCUCCAUCACUCCAAAGACAUGGCACAGACGUAUAUUGGAGAACUAGGAAAGGACGCCAAAGCAGCCCCUGCCGAUUGUGUCUUGACCGUACCGGCUUUCUUCACCGUUCACGAACGAAGAGCCCUCUUGGAUGCGGCCAGUUUGGCCGAUCUCAACGUCUUGGGACUACUCGAGGAAAACACAGCUGCCGCAUUGCACUAUGCCAUGGACAAACAAUUCCCAGAAGAUCAAAUCUUUGUCUUUUACAACAUGGGAGGAACUGCCGUACAGGUUAGUGUCGUCAAAUUGCACAACUACAACAUGACCAGUGGACUCUCCUCCAAACCAAAAACCGUAGGCGCACUCGAAGUGCUAUCCAAAGCGUGGGAUGCCACUCUGGGAGGACAAUCCUUUGAUCACCGCAUUGUAGAAUACUUGGCCGAUGAAUUCAAUGCAAAGUGGGAUAAACAACGCAAUGAUGGUAAAAAGAAGGAUGUGAGGACCGUUCCACGGGCCAUGACCAAGAUUCGGCUCCAAGCCAACAAGGUCAAACAUGUACUCUCGGCCAACAUGGAAAUUCCCAUCUUUAUGGAUUCACUCCAUGAUGAUUGCGCACUCUCCACACUCAUGACACGUGCAAAGCUGGAGGAACUUUGUGUCGAUCUCAUUGAACGAGCCACCAAACCGGUCUACCAGGCUUUGGAAUACGCUAACAUUACACUAUCGGAUGUCCAUGGAAUUGAAAUGAUUGGAGGUGGGAUGCGUAUCCCUCGAAUCCAAACGGACUUGAAGAAGGCACUCAACGACAUUGAAUUGGGAAUGCACAUUAAUGCGGAUGAAUCCAUGGCUUUGGGUGCUGCCUUUCACGGUGCCAACCUUUCCACCGCGUUCCGGGUACGACAUGUCGGUCUGCUCGAUGUCAAUCCAUUCCCCAUCAGAAUCACGCUCAAGGAAUUGGAAACAGAGGAACAGAAAAAGGGAUUGUUUGGAGGCGGCGGCAAGAAGAAAAAAGAUGAUGGUGAGGAAGUAUGGGGCAAAAAUGCAACCAUCCUCAAGGCAUUUGGAAAACUCGGCGUCAAAAAGACCAUUGCGUUCACCCACGACAAGGAUAUUCACUGUGCUUUGGACUAUGAAGAAGCUGAGACUUUGCCAGAGGGAACACCACUUGGCAUUGAUCGUUUCAACAUUACUGGUGUGGAAGAUUUUGCCAAAGAAAUGGAGGAGAAGAAUCUUGGCAAACCAAAGGUCGCUUUGCAGUUCCAGCUCACUGAUAGCGGUUUGACCAAACUCCUCAAGGCGGAAGCCACCGUCGAAGAAAUGUACACCGUGGAGGAAGAAGUAGAAGUAGAUGAUGACGAAGCUGACGAUGAAGCAAGCAACGCAACAAACACCAAGGAAGAGGAAGCUGAUGCAGAUGCCAAAACAGAGGAUGCCGAGGACAAGAAAGAAGAAGAGGCCACAGCUGAUGAAGUCAACGCAACAGAAGCCAACGAAACGGAUACUGAUGCCAAUGCCACCUCGGAGAAAGCUGACGAAAAACCUGUCAAGAAGAAGAAGAAGAAAACUAUCACUCAAACAAAGGAGAAGAAACGGGUACACAAACGUGCAUUGACUGUGAAGACUUACAACGUUGGAAAGGUGCAACCCUAUUCGGCUGAGCUUCUGGCAGAAUCCAAGGCCAAGCUGCAGGCUUUGGCCAAGAAAGACAAGGAACGGGUUUUGCUGGAAGAAGCUAAAAACAAGGUUGAAAGCUACGUCUACCACAUCAAGAACAAGCUCGUAGAUGAUGAGGAAAACAUUGGCAAAGUAUCAACCGAAGAACAACGAGCGGAAGUCCUUAAGCUCGCGGAAGAUGCGGAAGAAUGGAUGUACGAGGAUGGAUCCACCGCCGAUCUGGCAACUACUGAGGAUAAGUAUGCUGAGAUCUCUGUCCCCGCCGAGAAGAUUUUCAACCGUGUCAAGGAAAUGACAGCCCGUCCAGAAGCCGUCGUGGCUAUGAAAGGCCGACUGACCAAGGUUGGGGAGCUGAUGACAAAAUGGGAGACGACAAUGCCACAGGUAACCGAAGAGGAACGUGGAGAAGUGCUCAAGUUGGUCGACGAUGUGACCGCCUGGAUCAAAGAGAAAGAAGAGGCUCAAUCAAAGGUCGAAGCUCAUGAAGACCCUGCCUUCACAAGUGCAGAGGUUCCUAUUCAAAUCAAACCUAUUGAAGUCCUGGUAGCAAAGCUGAAGAGGAAGCCCAAGCCGAAACCUCCUAAGAAGAAUGAAACUGAUGCAAAUGCAACAGACACUAACUCGACAAAUGCCACAGAUGCUGAAGAAACAAAUUCCACGGAAGCAAAGGAUGCUGAUUCGGAAAAUGAGACAGCCGAUGAACCAGCUGAAGGCGAAGCAAAAGAGGAUGGUGAGAAGGAAGAAGCCGAAGCAGACCCGGAAGAGGGAGAAAGCAAGAAGGACGACGAACUAUAGUUUAAGAUAUUCCAUUAUGCGUUUUUGCUUCUUGGUUUGUGGCUCGUUGUACUCCACCGACCACUUAACCCAUACAUACGAUGUUCUCGCCGU